AUUUUGAUGAAAAAGUGACGAGUGGUGAGGAGUUAUAGCGCUUAACCUGCCACCCUGCCCAUAUCUUGACGCUGUCGUGCUCUCGUCGACUCGGAGACGCCACAGCUCAUAGAACUGCGCUGCCAGCAAAUUUGAACAUAGCAGCAUUGCACUCAACAGCAAGAUAGCAGCAAACUAGCAAGAUGCCCAGGCACAGGACGAUGCGCCUCGCCUGCGCGCUGCUCCUGGCGCACGUCGCGGCCCGCCCGCAACAGCGCGCCAAGCCGCUCGCGUUAAAGCCGGUCACCGGCCGCGCCGCCGCAAAACCAAUAGACAACACAGCACUAUGUGUCAGCGGCGGCACCAUCGCCAAGGCAAGCGACGCCGAGAUGCGCCAGGCCGUGAUCACGACCAUCGGUGUUAUAUUAAGCGCCUGCGCGUUUGGCGUCGGCGUCGCAGUUACCAGAGGCAAGGAGGUCGCGAUGGAGUUCUUCGCGGGGUACCUAGUCGAACAAUCGCUGAGCGUGGACAACUUGUUCGUGUUCAUUUUGCUGUUUGAGUACUUUCGGGUCCCGGCAUCCAUGCAGGAGAAAGCACUAAGGUGGGGCAUCAUCGGUGCCCUGUUGAUGCGAGGCGUCAUGAUUCUCGUGGGUGUCGAGUUAGUGCAACGGUUCCGAGUCGUGACUUUGUUGUUUGCGGGGGUGUUGCUCGCCUCGGCCGCGAAAUUACUAACAGAGGGCGAUCACGACGACGAGGAAAUGGGCAACAACUCCCUCGUAAGGUUAUCGAAAGCGGUGACGAAGUCCGUAGAGUAUUAUGAUGGGGACAAGUUCUUCACGAAGUUAAGGGAUGGUAGUCGUGCAGCUACACCCUUGUUGCUGUGUGUAGUGUGCAUCGAGCUAUCCGACUUUGUGUUUGCGGUCGACUCCAUCCCAGCAGUACUCGCGAUCACGAAGGACCCCUUCAUCGUUUAUAGCUCAAACAUCUUCGCCAUUGCGGCGCUACGGUCCUUGUACCAGGUUUUAUCAGCGGCUAUCGCGGGCUUACCUUACUUGAGACCGGCCGUGGCGUUGAUCUUGGGCUUCGUCGGCCUCAAAAUGCUCGCGGAGUACUAUCAUAUCCACGUACCGACGUCGUGGAGUUUAGGGGUCAUCGUCGCGACGCUCGGCGGCGGCAUCGCGCUGAGCCUCUGGUGUCCUCCGCCACAAAAGAAGUAGGCUCUACCCCACCGGCACGCCGUCGCGGCGACAGCGUGUCUACCAUCGUGUGUGUGUUGUUUACAUCGAACCCCCAUCGUCCCGUCGCGUCGCUCGUGUAAAAAUACUCGCUACUAGAA